AUGGCACUUCUUCCCAUCGAUCUCCAAAAGGAGAUACUUAAACGAUUGAAUGUGAGGGAUCUCAUCCGAUCCAAGGGUGUAUGCAAGUUAUGGUCUUCUUGGAUAUCGGAUCCACAUUUCAUUAAAGUGCAUCUCAACCAUCAUUAUCACAAAGAUCGCAACAAGAAAAGAAUCGGUGACCGAAGAAUUAUUGUGUCUAAAGAUUCCAUUUACCUUACAUGGCAAUUCUAUGAUGGUAAUUCCAACUUUUUUACCCUGAAUGACCGGCAUCUAUUUGGUUCGUCAAAUGGAUUGGUAUGUGUCUCCCCCUCCCCUACUAAAAUUCUAGUAAUAAAUCCUUCAACUAGAGAGGUCAAGAAAGUAAGAAAGCCGCAAAUUCCCGAAACCAAUUCUUUGUGUUGGGGCUUUGGUUACGACUCAUCAACAGAUGAUUAUAAACUUGUCUUAGGGUUCAAGAAAGAUGAGAAUCAUACAUGUUUUCAAGUAUUUAGUUUGAGAUCCAACAUUUGGAAGGUUAUUGGGGAGAUUAAUUAUGUUUUUGCUAGUAGAGUCGGUAUCUUAUGUAAAGGUUCACUCCAUUGGUUGGCAUAUGACACUUUAUCUGAAAAGGAUGAUGUAAUUCUUUCACUUCGUUUAUCGGAUGGGAAGUUUCUAGAAGUUCCCAAACCAGAUGAUGUGAGAUACCAGUUAUAUAAUGGUCAACACUCUUCAAUGCGUUUGGGGACUAUGGAAGAGAAUUUAUGUUUAUUUGGAGAUGAUAUUUAUACUCAUGAGGUAUGGGUAAGGAAGGACUACAAUAAGCAGCAAUGUUGGGAAAUAUUUGGGCCGGACCAUGAGAUCAAGAAUGACGUUGUGCAUAGCAUAAAACUGUUAAAGCAUUACAUUCCAAAUAAGAGGCCCUUGUGUCAUCAAAUAUGGUCCGGUGAAAGUCGGUUGUGCAAGAAUUUGAUGUUCUACGGAACACCAUUAUAUGUGGAAAGUCUUGUAUCUCCCCAUUUUCACAAGAAACCGCAGAGAAAAAGACGGGCCUCGAGUACUAUAAGAAAUCCUAAGGUCAAGGCAAAUAGGUAUGCUGAAGCUUUGCAAGCCAUUCCCAAUGCCUGUGAGGAUGUCAGUUCCGGUGCCAGGACUUAA